AUGCUCGAGAAUCAAGAGCUUGGCCCCAGAAACGAAUCGAGCUCGGAAACAAAGCGGUCGGCAGAGCUAACGUCGAGGGAACAGGGCAGCACUGCAAAGCUCAAGUCGCAAGCUCGCGCUCGACUUCCGCCCAGCCAAGAGGUAUGGAAGCGGCAGCGGCAAAUCGCUUCCUGUGAAGACGAGCUCGAACACGCAGUAUUAGGCAGAAAGGACGACGCGCCGGACUGCCGAGCACAACCCGACGAUUGCGAAUCAACCAAGCGUCUCAAAGAGCUCCGAGUCCCGCUAAACGCUUGA